AUGACAUCUUGGGAUAGGAAAGCAUCGGAGUUCCAAUCACUCAAGGAAGGUGGGGGUACAGUGUCAGAAUAUGAUGCCAAGUUCACGGAACUAGCCAAAUUUGCUCCACACAUGGUCAACGCCGAAUACAACAAAGCUAGGAAGUUUGAGGAAGGGCUUCAAGGACCACUCCGAGAUAAAAGACCAAUUGCCAAGCCUAACACCACAGGAAAGGAACCGGUGAGACAAGCAAGGGUAUUUGCCCUAGUCCUAGGGGAUGCUCAGAGUACGGAUCCAGUUAUAUCAGUAUCUACACCGUCGGAUGAAUCUAUGAUAUGUACCUCCAUCUAUCGGGAUUGUGAGAUAUUAAUUGGGAAUAUUAGCUUGAUUGUCGAUUUAUUGCCUAUAGAAAUGAGUCAUUUUGAUGCUAUUUUAGGAAUGGAUUGGUUGUCAACCAAUUAUGCUACAAUAGACUGUGUGUCAAAGUCUGAAUCUGAUAACAGUUUGAAUGACAUACCAGUAGUGAGGGAAUUUUCAGCGGUAUUUCCUGAUGAAUUACUAGGCAAUUUGAUUGAUAGAGAAAUUGAGUUUACAAUUGAUGUUGCACAGAGAACUCAAUCGAUUUCCAAGACUCCUUACAGAAUGUCACCAGUAAAGCCAGAGGAAUUGAAAAUGCAGUUACAAGACUUGCUAGAUAAUUCGUCCCAGCACAUCACCUUGGGGAGCACCAGUGCUAUUUAUGAAAAAGAAGGAUGGAAAUCUUCGUUUGUGUAUCGACUACAUGGAGAUGAACAAGGGGACUAUAAAAAACAACUCAAAGUUAAGGCAAAAGAUGUUGAGAGGACGACAUUUAGAAUCAAGUAUGGCCAUUGCGAGUUUUUGGUUAUGCCAUUUGGAGUUACUAAUGCUCCUACGGCAUUCAUGGAUUUGAUGAAUAGAAUUUUUAAGCCUUACCUGGAUGAAUUUGUUCUAGUCUUCAUUGAUGACAUUUUGAUUUACUCUAAAAGUGGGGGUGACCAUGAACAACAUUUAAGAUUCAUCAUUCAAACUCUUAUAGAUAGACAAUUGUAUGCAAAGUUGAAGAAAUGUGAGUUUUGGCAUUUUUGGGACAUGAGAUUUGUCAAAGAUUUCUCCAAGAUAGCAAUCCCACUUACCCAAUUAACACAUAAAGCAACACUGUUUGAGUGGAUAGAAGAGAGGGAUUCUGCUUUCCAAGAGUUAAAGACUAGGCUGAUCACAGUGCCAGUUCUUAUAUUACCAUCAAGUACUGAGGGGUUUGUUAUCUAUUAUGAUGCAUCACACAAAGAAUUGGGUUGUGUUUUAAUGCAGAAUAGUAAAAUUAUUGCUUAUGCUUUCUGCCAAUUGAAGCCGCAUGAAAAGAAUUAUCCAACUCACGACUUGGAAUUGACAGCCAUUGUUUAA